AUGGUGCUUAUUGCACGUAAACAAGACGCUGAAAAACUUAUCUUGUUCAAUUCUCUGCUUCAUGCUAUUCCAUUAGCGAAACUCCUUUGUCCUUACUUACUCUACGACCAAACAUCAUAUAGAGUUGAUGCUUACAAAGUGUUCGACGAAAUGCCUGAGAGAAAAUCUGUAACUUGGAAUGUGAUGAUCACUGGCUUAACAAAUUUGGGAGAGUUUGAGAAAGCUCUUUGCUUGUUGGAGAAGAUGUUGAAUCGGACCGUAGUGUCGUGGACCACUCUCAUUGAUGGCUAA